AAGCACAGGGUUGAAUGGGUGGGCCGGGCGCCGGGCGGGCGACGAGGCAGGAGUUGAACAUCGUGCCACACCACGUCGGCCACGGGGAGCGAGUCCUGGUGAUCGGCGAGUCGCCAGCAACCGCGUGCCGCUGCUGCCCCCCGGCGACGACGCCGCCACCGGUGACCGCGCUACCCUCGCCGCCACCGUUGGCCCUGCUGCACAUCUACGGAAUCAGCAACAACAACAAUAACAACAACAACAACGCCGACGCUACGGUCAACGAAUCCGCCAAGGCGGCCAUGUCUUCACCCCCGAAGCAUCGACGGGGUUUCGACCCCAAUGACGCCACCGCGAACGACUUCCGGAGGUACAGACGCGUCAAGACGCGUCAGAGAGUCAUUCCAUGUCCUCUGCGAUCAUCCCGAGAGUGCGUUCCUCGGAUCCCACCGGGUUGAGCCGGCAACCCGGAACACCACCCCGCCCUGAACACACGCAGCACAUGGCCACACUGCAGCCACCGCAGGCACGGCACAGGCAUAUAAUAAAGCACCACUACUUCGCACCGUGACACACUCGCUUGCAAUGUUUGAUGUUGGGACCACUGGUUGGCUGGUUGAGCUGCUUUGCGCGGUCAAGUGUCAAGCCCUGACCCACGACGUCACGGCUUACUUCGAUGCAGUCGAUGUCGAUGUCGAUGUCGAUGUCGUUGCCGUUCCGCAGAGCUUCUAACGUUGGACCUUGAGCUCUCUAACGGUUGCUACUGGCUGCAGAAGACGCGCUUUUGACGUGAAGGGCGAUGGCUUCAAAAGUUGGCAAAAGACUCAGGAUGUUCCCGACACUCUUCUGCUAUUGCAAUGUUUGAAACAUGACAGUUGAAUGGAUUGAGAUGGACGCUUUGAUUGGUGCUGACCUUACGCACUUAUGCUUACGAUGCUUUUUACUGUAUCCUAUUACAUUUGUACACAUGGUUAUCGCAAUGUUUAAUCCUAACCCAAUUUCCUGCGGUUAUUCAUUUUUACGAAAUUCUUACGAAAAUGUUUUACAGAGAAA